UUCAAACUGAGCUGUUUUGUUCGACUAAGCGGAUGGUUCAUUUAAGGCCGAAAGGGGCCGACUUCGCCACCCUUUUUUUUCACAAACUUGUGGAUUUUACAAAGAAAAAAGGACAUGUAUAUUGCAUUUGCUCUAACUUGAAUGUUGGAUUGUUUUUUUCCCCCUCUCAGUGAACGACCAGGCCCCGGACUCAUCCCCAGCCUCGCGUUUCCCAUUUUUCUUUUUUUCUUGGAAGUCAUGGGAGACACCAGUGAACGCAGCAAAGCUCCAAGUCUACCUCCCCGCUGUCCCUGCGGCUUCUGGGGGUCCAGUGAGACCAUGAACCUCUGCUCCAAAUGUUUUGCUGACAUCCAGAAGAAGCAGCCGGGGGAGGACUGCACCUCCAAGCCCAUCCAAAGCUCUGGGAGUAGCCAAUCGCCAGUUUUCAGUAGCGAGACGAGCAGUAGCAGUAGCCAAUCCACGUUGUCGUCGCCGCCCUCUAACUCCGAGCAGCCGCCAACCGAAGAGCCCUCGCCCACGUUUCCCAGCACGAGGGAAGGCAUGUCGUCCACAGAAACAGCCCAAGGCACACUCUGCACACCCACAAAACGUCCACGAGAAUCAGCGUCGGGCUCGGAGAGCGAGGCGACGCCGGAGAAGCGGCCGCGGACUGACGAUGGGGAGGGCAGCAGCGAGGAGGCCCGCGGGACGCCCAAGCAGAAGAACCGUCGGCGCUGCUAUCGCUGCCAAACCAAACUAGAGCUGGUGCAGCAGGAACUGGGCUCCUGUCGCUGUGGCUACGUGUUCUGCAUGCUCCACCGUCUACCCGAGCAGCACGACUGCCUGUUCGACCAUCUGGGCCGUGGGCGCGAGGAGGCCGUCCUCAAGAUGGUGAAGCUGGACCGCAAAGUGGGCCGCUCGUGCCAACGCAUCGGGGAGGAGUGCUCCUGAUCGGCCGCACAGCCACGGGCCAGACCUAGAGAUG